AUGUCCCCGUCUCAUGUAGGUGAUUUAACUACACCACCAUCCAAACGGCCAUGCUACCCUUCUUUACCGCCAGUCCUCCUGCGCUAUGCCGAGUAUCUCAGGAGUGUGUAUGCCAAUGCUCCUCCUACCUAUCCCGAUAAACUAUCUCCCGAGGUGAACACGCCUUAUAUCAAGCUUGCUCUUGUAAAAGGCACUAAAGUAAGCAACCUCCAAGAUGCUAAUGAAUUAACACGUCUUACGCUUGAAGGUGACCUUGAUCUGAUAUUUCAACAUAAGGAAGAAAUCUCAAUGGAUAAGGUGUUUACGCUGGGCAAUGAUUCAAAAUUACGUCUCGUGAUAGUAGAAGGGGCACCUGGUAUUGGUAAGAGCACGUUUGUGUUGGAGCUCUGUAGACAGUGGCCUAAAAUGCUCUCACUCCAGCCCUUUUCCCUCGUGGUUCUUCUAAAGCUACGAGAUGAGGAAAUAAGGUUAGCUGAAGGAGUAGGGGACCUCCUUCCUUGGGAGGACCAUCGUACUGAUCAUGCCACUCUGGUCGAAGAGGUUAUGAAGAGACACGGGAAGGGUGUUCUGUUUUUGUUUGAUGGCUUUGAUGAAUUCCCAGCUCAUCUCCGACAGUCUCCUAGCGCUUCAUAUGUUAUGAAGGUGCUGACUGGAAAAGCUCUUCCACGUGCCACCGUUCUAGUCACAAGUCGGCCUUCAGCUAGAAUACAUCUCCAACCACUAAUGCUGUCGGAUAGCAUCAAACUGAUCGAGGUUGUUGGUUUUGGCGAGGAACAAAUACAGCAGUUUGCUGCCAAUGUCUUUGGUCCAGAGUCAGAGACCCUUGCCAGUUUCAAUGACUACUUGAAUGUCAACCCAGUCAUCAGGAGUAUGAUGUACAAUCCCUUGAACUGCUCCAUUAUAACUGAAGUUUAUAGUGAAACGUCGAGAUCAAAAAAGCCUGUUCCCCACACACAGACCCAGCUCUACACUGAGAUGGCCCUUUGGCGUCUGUCGAGGUACAUCUUGGUGUCGGGGACCAAUUAG